AGCAAACCGGGAUAUUUUACCACCAAAGGUUUCGAGGUUAAAUUCUGAAAAGGAUUUGUUACAGUUUAAGUCUAAUUAAGUAUCCUAGGAUGAAAGAUUCGGUGGAAACGUAUCGCCCCGUUGAGCUGCUGCACCCUCUGCUACUACUUCUGGAAUGACAGCUGAAGCCAUUGGUACCGCCUUUAUUAUGACAGAUCAGCCAAUCAGAGCUCGGGGAGCUCUCCGGUCGGUACAGUUUUGGCUGUUGUGCGCACGCGCACGUCAGUAAGUAAGUACUUCACUUUUCACAAGCUCGCUGGAGUGUGAAGAUGGCGGUUGGUUCCUGUCUGUUGGAUGAACUCUUUUCACAGACAGGGUUGAAUAAAGCGGUAGUUUGCUAUCAUUCUUGGUCUGUAGAGUCACCGCUGUCCUUGUUAAACAGAAACCACUUAGGUAGGCACGAGGCAGCCAUUAGUUACAUGGUCAAAGUUCCGGGACAGGGGGGUAGCUCGAGCUAAUGUCCAGCUGGGACUUGGUCAAGACGUUUGCUAAAGCAGGUACGCUUUGAUUACUAAUGUUCUUUUUACUUGAUGCUUUUUGGAGAAAAAAACGAGAGGAAAGAGCCGGAGUUUGCAAAGAAAAUAAGUUCUCGCGCUGUAGCCCUCUCCAUCACACUCGAGCGUGUGUUGCUCCCUGUUAAACUUGUUAAAGUGCAGCGAGAGAGAGGGGGGUCUCCGCUAAACGAGUUCCCAAUGGUUCCGCUAUGGACGCAAAACGGGACACGAGCUGGGAAAACCACUCAAUGACGGUAUAAGUUUCCCCAUAAAUUACCCGGGGAAAGUGGGUUCUUUCUCUGUGCAGACUUUUAACGGGAGCCAAACUAUGAACUCUCACAAUUCAGGAAGCGUUGCCACUGGAAACAGCAGCAGCAGCACUGUGAUAUCAACUGCAGCUGUCAGCGCAGGAGCGGUGUUGUCAAAAGGGCUGGCGGCCACCACUGUCUCAUUGCCCCCCCUGUCAAACAGCGUCAUCCAGACGCCACUCGUGAAUUCAGACAGUGUUCCUGCUAUGAGCCAAGGACCCACGGUGACACUUGUCAGGCCACCUAUGCAAGCAGUCGGAUCGAGCGCAACUUUAAACGGGAGCAAUGCUGCAUGCCCAGCUGUGGCUGCUAAUGUAACAAAUCAGACAGGUAUUGGCACUCAAAACCCGCUGCCAAACACCUCUACGUCCAGCAGUGCUGGUUCACACAUCAUUAAAGCAGAGCCACCAACAACUAUAAUCCAGUCGGCACAGCAGCCUGCUGUUUCAGCCACCCCCAACUCCAUCAGUACCCCCGGACCUCCAGGCAUGGCAGCUGCAAGUAUGCCCGGAAUCACACCCCAGACGCUGGCUCCCAGACUCCCACAGACCUCUCCAGGACAGCCCAGUGUUCACAACAUCCAGCUACCCCAGGGUAUGGUGCUGGUACGCAGUGAGAGUGGGCAAUUAUUGAUGAUUCCUCAGCAGGCUCUGGCCCAAAUGCAAGCACAGGCACAGGGAGGCAUGGCUCCUCGGACAGCUAUGCCAGCAAAUGUGUCUGCAGGCCAGGCUUCCGGACCCACAAUAAUCAGCAGACAAGUAACUCCGAGCAACAUCAUUCGACCAGCAUCACUUCCUGCGAUUACUGCUCUUCAUAGACCCCCCAUCCUGCCAAGCUCCGUUGGGGCCCCAGUACCAGGAAUGGCCCCUAGAACACUCACUCCUACUGCUGGGACCACAGUGACCUCAGUAACUGGGAGCAAAGAGACUAUGGAGAAUGUAAAGAAAUGCAAGAACUUUCUGUCUACACUGAUCAAGCUGGCAUCCAGUGGGAAUCAGUCCACAGAGACGGCAGCCACUGUGAGACAGCUGGUCAAAGACCUGCUGGAAGCUAAGCUUGAAGCUGAAGAAUUCACCAGCAGAUUGUACAAAGAGCUGAAUUCGUCACCCCAACCUUACCUUGUGCCUUUUCUGAAGAGGAGCCUCCCAGCCUUGAGGCAGCUCACCCCGGAUUCAGCUACUUUCAUCCAGCAGAGUCAGCUUCCACAAACAGCCUCAGCUGCUGUUUCGUCCUCCUCAGCCACCUCCACCUCAGUGAUUCUGGGAAGUCCUGCUCCCCGUCUCUCUGUUCCAGGCAGCAGGCCCCAACUUCAGCCGACACUUAAACAAGGACAGACAACGUCACUGGUUCUCCAUCCUCAGCAGCAAAAAGGGAUUUUGAGGCCUCCGGUGACUUUACCAACCACCCCCAUGAUGGCUCUAAGGAAUCAGACCCCUGGUCGCAUCGUGUUGGGACAGCAGCAAGUUCAGCUUAAAGAGCUGCAACCAGUUCCACUGAGACCAGAGGUGGCUCUUGUUCCUAAACACGUGUCUGCUGUUGCUUUGACACAGGCACAGAAGAAUAAGCUAAAAGAGGCGGGUGGCACUUUCAAGGAUGAUGACGACAUCAACGACGUGGCCUCCAUGGCGGGAGUAAACCUAUCAGAGGAGAGUGCUAAUAUCCUGGCUUCUAACUCUGGACUUGUUGGUGCUGUGACACAUUCCUGUAAGGAUGAGGCUUUUCUCUCCUGUGCCACACUGCAGAGGAGGAUACUAGAGAUAGGUAUGAGAUAUGGAGUAACAGAGCUGGGAGCAGAGGUGGUAAAUUACAUCUCCCACGCUGCUCAGCAGCGACUCCUGAACUUACUUGAAAAGGUCUCUAUAGUAGCCCAGCAGAGAAACGUCAACUUCAAGGAGGACGAGCGCUAUGAGCAGAGCAGUGAUGUUCGAGCCCAGCUGAAGUUCUUGGAGCAGCUGGACCAACUGGAGAAGCAGAGAAAGGAGGAGCAGGAGAGGGAGAUCCUGCUGAAGGCAGCUAAGUCUCGCGCUCGGCAAGAGGAUCCAGAGCAGCUGCGUCUGAAAUUGAAAGCGAAAGAGAUGCAGAUGCAGGAGCUGGCUCAGAUGAGACAGAGGGAAGCCAACCUCACCGCCUUGGCAGCCAUCGGGCCCAGGAAAAAGAGAAAGAAUCUGGACUCUCCAUCCUCAUCUGCUUCAGCUGAGGGCUCCGGAACAGGCUCUUCUCUGACUGGUGCCGCCGGUUCAUCAGGCUCCAGACCCACACGGCAGCGCAUCACACGUGUCAAUCUCAGGGACCUGCUGUUCUGCAUGGAGAAUGAGAGAUGUACCAGUCACUCUCAUUUCCUCUACAAGGGCUUUCUCAAAUAGGCUUGAUGUUGGAAAAAGGAGGACAAGAGGGGAAGAGAAAUGCUUGGAGAGACCAAACUCCCACUUGAAAAGAUUACUUUUAGUAAAGAAGAGGAGAUAAUGCUUUUAAAGUUUCUUUAGAUCCACCUGCUUUUAUGAAAUACAGUCAUAGCCAUACUGGAAGGCCUCUCUACCUCCCUCCUCAAGUAAUGCCUCUUUUCCUUUAGUCGUUGAUUAACACCCCUUUAUUUACCAUAACUAAACCUUUUUCAAAGUAGGUGCAAAAAUCAAAUAUGUUUUAUGAAGGUUUUAUUCUGUGUGAAAAAAGAUAAUGUACACAUGUGCACUGUAUUAUAGUUUGGUUUAUUUUCUUAUCUGUAUGCAAAUGCUAGAGUUGGAAGCUAUGAAAAUCACUGUUUUAUUAGACAACCUUUGAGUUUUUCUUGGAUGAUCUUGUUCUAGUUUUUCUUGUUGACUCACUUUGAACUGUGUAACCUGCUGAGCUGCCUUCCUAUCUAUGAAUAAGCCAUACUUUCCUCUCAUAAUUAACCCUGCUGUAAGUCAUGAGGCCACACCUCCCUCUCUGUCAUCUACCAUUAGCUUGCAGCAUAUUUAAAUUUGUCAUAUUUAUUUACUAAAAUCCAAUUUUUAGCUAUUUAUUUAUUGUGUGACACCUCAAGUGUGUCAUUUUGCUAAAAGCUAAUAGAAAUUGCAUUUUACUCACAGUAGGACAUCUUUGAGAUGGCUCUAUAGAUUUUGAUGGCUUAGAAGUAGAACUUUAUUUUAAU